AUGGUCAGACUGGUGCUGGUAAAUCCUAUUCUAUGAUGGGAUACGGAGAAGAUAAAGGAAUUAUCCCCCUCACAUGUUGCGAGUUAUUUAAUCGAAUUAACCGUAAUCAAGAUACUAGUGUUACAUACCAAGUUCAAGUUUCUUAUAUUGAAAUUUACAACGAACGCGUUCGCGAUUUACUGAAUCCUAAGAAUAAAGAAAAUCUUAAAGUUAGAGAACAUCCUGCUCUUGGGCCAUAUGUUGAAGACUUAUCCAAGUUAAUCGUCAACUCGUUUGAAGAUAUAGAAAACUUGAUGGACGAGGGUAAUAAGGCAAGAACUGUGGCUGCAACAAACAUGAACGCAACUUCAAGUCGUUCGCAUGCCGUAUUUACAUUACUACUAACUCAGAAACGGCACGAUCAGGAGACUAAAAUGGAUACCGAAAAAGUGUCUCGUAUUAGUCUUGUGGAUUUAGCCGGUUCGGAACGUGCUAAUGCUACAGGUGCAACUGGACAACGUCUAAAAGAAGGUGCUAACAUUAAUAAAUCAUUGACUACUCUGGGUAAAGUCAUUGCAGCCUUGGCUCAACAGUCUAGUGGUGGUGGUGGUUCCAAAAAGGAUUCGUUCGUUCCUUAUAGAGACUCUGUCUUGACGUGGUUACUUAAAGACAGUUUGGGAG